AUGUCGGACAAGGUCCAACACAUUAGCUCGCUCGCCGAGCUCAACGCGCUCUUCGCAUCCACCACCUACGUCGCCAUUGAUUUCACGGCCACCUGGUGCGGUCCUUGCAAAAGCAUUGCACCCAUCUACUCCGGCCUCUCUACCAAGCACAGCAUCCCCAACGUCCUUGCUUUUGCCAAGGUCGACGUCGAUGCGGCCCAGGAUGUCGCCGCCAAGUACGGCAUCUCGGCCAUGCCGACCUUUCUCUUUUUCAAGGACGGCAAGCAGGUUGGCGUGAACGGACAGCCCUCUAUCCGUGGCGCUGACCCGCGUGGUCUGAGUGCCGCCGCCGAGAAGCUCGCCAGCCUGGCAAAGGCCAAGGCUGGCCAGUCGUAA